GAGCACCCUUCUGUCUAUCCAGGCUGUCCGUCUACCUGCUUUGCUCCUAUUUCCUCUUUUCCCUCUCCUCCACCACUAUUCAAGGAAGACAGGGAGGAAGGAAGGAAAGAAGGCCGUGGAUUCGCUGCUUCCGAGGGGGUGUGUUUUAUCCCUUUCGCCUUGCCCGUCCUCUGCAUCUUUGUUCUUGCCCGCUCCCCAGCGCUCGUUCCUCCCGCGUGAGACAGUGGACGACUGGGGUACCGGUCCGGCACUGGAAGUUAGUGUGUCGGUGACGCUUCUUAUCUAGAGUGUGUUCGCUACUCCUCGCUCGCUUGAUUCUUCACCGCGUCUCCAAUUAUUUCCUCUCCUUCUUUGCUCUCCCUUCCCUUCUUUUCUCUUUCCCUUCUCUCCUCCUUCCUCCUCCUCCUUCUCCUCCUCGUCGUUGUUACUACACCCCUCCGCCCCUUCCGUCGCUUUGCCCUCCUUCCUUACAACCCUAUCACGCUCAAGCUCCGACUCGUCACUAGUGACCGCUCGUCCGUCAUACCCUCUCUCCUCCUCCCGCUGCUACCUACUGCUACCACUACCACCACCGUACUGCUACCUACUUCUCCCCCCUCCCCCCGAUAUCCGGCACUCAUAAUUAGUCCAUCCAGAUAGAAUAGCCCACUCGCUUCACAUCCCCGCCCGCCAUUCUACCCUCCCCCGUCUUCUCCAGUGUUCCCGCCUGCAAGGACGUCCACCAUUCUAGACUUGUUGCCGUUAUCUCCACUCUUUCGCCCGCCCAUUGCUGCCCCGAGCCCAACAUUCUCUCGCCCAGUAUAUUCCACAGGCAUCUAUCUGCUCGACCAGAUAGUAAGCUUCCGUCGUAUGACACAUAAGGUCAACGCCAUCUCCUCAAACGUAGCCGCCACACCAACCUUACGGUAGCAGCUCCGAAGCUUGCUUGUUCCCGCUCAACCUCGACCUUGGAUAGGGAACGAUACAAACUUGCACUCAUGGCUUCACGACAUUCGUCCUCGGGUGGAGGACCGGUGCCGGAUUCACUGGUAGGGAAUUUCAGGGUGGGCAAAGAAAUUGGCAGAGGGUCUUUUGCUGUUGUGUUCAAGGGGCACCAUGUGGUGAGCUACACUCUACGCACUCCAAACUCUCUUCCAUCUUCCGCACCAGAUUUUUCUUCUUCUUUGGGAUUCUCUGCGUCUUCCGAGCAACAAGGGGGAAUCCUGCCUUGAUGGGUCUACUGCAGCUGUGGUUACCCCCCGGGACGCAGCCUGACGAGUCAUCCUCAUUUCAUUUCGCCGGUUCUUAUUCGGUCCCUGCUCGGGCCUAUUUGAAACGUUGGAGUUGGAUGUCGUGACCCAAUCAUUGGAUUGCAUGCUAACGUCUUGAUUUUUUUUUGAUCCGGUUAGAAAAAUCCAAAAUCGCUCGCUGCUGUCAAGGUGGUACAACGGGGGAAGCUUAACCGAAAGCUCCUCGAAAAUCUCGAGUCGGAAAUCCAGAUUCUCAAGAAACUGAAUCACUCACAUAUUGUCGCCUUGAAGGAUUGCAGCAAGAACGACAAGUACAUUUAUAUUGUCAUGGAGUAUUGUUCCGUUGGCGAUUUGUCUGUUGUAAUCAAGAAGAGGGACAAACUGGAAUCCCUACACCCCUGUUUAGAGCCCCUGAUCAGGACCUAUCCUCACGUUCCUGGAAGUGGCCUGCACGAGGUUGUCGCCAGGCAUUUUAUGAAGCAGCUUGCCAGUGCACUUGAGUACCUGAGGAAAUUCGGAUUGGUUCAUAGGGAUGUAAAGCCGCAAAACCUGUUGUUAGAUCCACCCGCCGGCUAUGAUUCCGGGACCCCGGUAGCUGAAGGGGAAUACGCUCCAGAUGGUUCGCAGGCACUCGUCGGGCUUCCGUCAUUGCCGAUCCUCAAGCUUGCUGAUUUUGGAUUUGCCAGAAAUCUACCCGCUGCCUCCUUGGCGGAUACUUUAUGUGGAUCACCGCUCUAUAUGGCACCGGAAAUUUUGAGAUAUGAGAAGUAUGAUGCCACUGCCGAUUUGUGGUCUGUUGGAACUGUGCUUUAUGAGAUGGUAGUUGGAAAGCCACCCUUCAGGGCCCCGAAUCAUGUGGAGCUUUUGAGGAAAAUUGAGACCAAAGGCGAUACCAUUGAAUUCCCCGGUUCGUGCACAGCAAGCGAGGAGAUCAGAAGAUUGAUAUGCAGUUUACUGAGGAGAAAUCCCUUGGAGAGGAUGUCAUUCAAGGAGUUUUUCAGUCAUCCUGUGAUUACUGGGCCAAUUCCUGGUGCCUCCGUUGCCCUGGUUUCCGAGCCAAUGAAGAAGACAAGGAGUAUGGAUACUCCCAAAGUAGGUUCCACCUCAAUACAAAGGACCCCCUCUUUACGAGCGCCCGGUGAUGGGAGAGAGCUUGGAACCGACCGAGAAGGAAGGCGAACUCCUCAACAAACUCCUCCAUCCCCAAGGCUCCGACAGGCUGUAGAAUCCUCGGCCCUUCCCUUUGCGCAUACAAACCCCCCUCCUCCUAGAUUAGCAGAUGUUCGCAGGGUUACAACGCAGGGUGCCCAAGCAUCACCGCCAUCUCCGUUAGCAAGGCCCAUGAUGGUAACUCAUUCGACUGCGCCAGCCUGGCAAGAGCGUGUGGAUAUCCGAAGGACCGGAACUCCGAUGGAGAGGGUGACCAGCAGGGGCACAGAUCCUUCACCCGGUAGCUCAUUGUUGGUUCAGCGAGAACGGGAACGGGAGCCCCAGAAGGAUAGACAAAUGAAACGCAACUCAACCGCUCGCGAGAUGCGUCCCCUCGAGGAGGAGCGGGUUGAGAAGGAUUAUGUCUUUGUGGACAAGCAGUUUGUCCAGGUCAAUGCCUUUGCGGAUGAACUCGCCACUGUUAGGCGGAAUGGUAUGACCCCGCCGUCACCUUCGUCGAGCGCUUUGUCACGCAGACCAACGUCCGGGGGUCAAGGCGCCACAAAUGCAAUCGCUGUCACUGGCAGACGUCAAGAUGGUGGAUAUCCUAGAAACUCGUAUGAAAGACGGUAUGGGCCUUCUCCUGGCUCUGCUCCUUCUCCCUCGCCGAGCUCGACUCGGUCUACGCUUGCUAGGGCAUUGGAGCUUGCCAACCUUCGUCUGUUUGGUGUUAGUGUCUCACCUCCUCGUCAUAGCCCUCCCGGUGUUCAAUCACCAUACCCUACGUACUCGAACAAUCCUGCUAGCAUGAUUAUGGUUCGCAAUGAGGGUGGCCCAUCAGAUGACGAUAUGCAAGCUGUGUACAACAUUGAGGAUGCCGCUAGUAGGAGUGAUGUUGUUUACAACUUUGCCGAGGUUAAGCUUGCGCAAUUGAUACCGGCUGUGCCAGCACCUACGCAUGGAUUAGGGCUGCUCCCUCCAUCAGCAAGCGAAGGGGACCUUGGAUUGCCUGUUGAGCCUACACCGUCGAGCGAGCUAGACCUUACCCCCGAUGCCAUUGUUCAACUUGCAGAGGAGGCACUCGUAUUGUACGUCAAAGCUCUUGGGAUACUUGCUAAGGCUAUGGACAUUGCUGGGGCAUGGUGGAAUACGUCCAACAGUCGGAACGAUCAAACGUCGCCGGCUAUGGCAGUCGCGAGCAUGAGAAUGAAUAAUUGUGUGCAGUGGGUCCGGGACCGGUUCAACGAGGUCCUUGAGAAGGCAGACUUUGUGAAGUGCAAAUUGAUCGAGGCGCAGAAAUUACUACCAUCAAGUCACCCGAGUCAUCCAAGUAAUCAGAAUGAUGAUAGCGAUGGAUCCUUGGAUGCUAGCGGCGAUAGAGUUGUGGUGACACCUGGCGUCACCGCGGAGAAAUUGAUGUAUGACCGUGCCCUUGAAAUGAGUAGGGCAGCCGCGGUCAAUGAAUUGGUUGGGGACGACCUCAAUGGUUGUGAGGUGGCUUAUGUUACAUCGAUCCGGAUGCUGGAGGCGGUUUUGGAGAGCGAUUCUGUCGACCAAAAUGAUGGUGAUGGCGGCAUGGAAGAAGAGGAUAGGAUAGUGGUUGAGAACUGUGAGUUUUGCUUUGAAGCGCUCUAGUGGCUUUCCUCGGGAGAAUUUUGGCACUAAUUGAGUUAGAUGUUUCAAGCAUCCGCAAGAGGCUUGUUUCCCUCAGGAAGAAGAUGUCGGAAGUUUCCAAGCGGUCAUCUGGCAUCCAUUCAGUACCAAGCUCGCCUCUACAGCCCUUGUCUCCCCUGAUGGGCGUCUCUCCAAAGUAGAACCCGCGAGGGCAAUCCACACCGAACAUGGCGUCCCUACGUAGGAAUCGUGAGGGACAGGGCCGGACAUCAAAACUCCGCUCAGCGCCCGCGAGCUCUGUCUGCUCUUUUGCAUUGCAAUUUUUAUUUCGCGUUCUCAGACACAGAUUUUCCCUUUUUGUACGAGGUUGCCGGUUUGUCGUAUAUCUCACAGGGGUUUCAUUGGAGGAUAUGGUCGUGGGGUUUUCGGCGUUUUCAUCUGCGUGUGUUUCUUCGUCCUUUACUCAUCGACCUUCCCGGGCCGGAAUUUCAACCUUGGUCACUUUUCUUAAACCGGAUGAAGACUAUUUUACGAUUUCUCACGAUCUCUGUUUCUUCAUGCAUCAGGCACAUUUCAUAUCGCUUCGUGAAUGAUUUUUUAUAUAUAUUUGUAUUUCGUUU